AUAUAGUUGAAUCUAAUAUAGAUGUAGCUGAAGCUGAUGUAGAUAUAAUUGAAGCUAAUGUAGUUAAAAAUUUAGAAAAUGUAGUUGAAGUAGAAAAUAUAGUUAAGACAAAAGAUAUAGUUGAAGAAAUACAUGUAGUUGAAAAAGUAAAUAUAGUUAAAUCCAAUUUAGAUAUAGCUAGAUCUGAU